UGUUGAUAUCUGAUAUUUUUCUGCAGCCUGCUUUCUGCAAAUAAUCUCAAUGGAACUAUACCAGAGACAUUUGGAAAUCUAAGGAACUUGGAAGAUUUUAGGAUAGACGGGAACACAAUGUCAGGGAAAUUUCCUGAAUUUAUUGGAAACUGGACCCGAAUGGAGAGACUACUCAUGCAAGGGACAUCAAUGGAGGGUCCUAUUCCUGCAGCAAUAUCCCAAUUGAAAAACAUGACAGAACUGAGGAUAACUGAUGUCAAAGGAACUGCCAUGAGUUUCCCCAAUUUGCGGAACAUGACAGCCAUGAAGGAUUUGGUCUUAAGAAAUUGCUCAAUUACUGAUACAAUCCCACCAUACAUAGGAGGCAUGACUGAAAUAGACUCUCUAGACCUCAGUUUCAAUAUGUUGAGUGGUGAGAUCCCAGUCAACUUCCAAGACCUAACGGGCAUGAGAUACAUGUUCUUGUCUCACAACUUGCUAACUGGAGCGAUACCUGGUUGGAUCGUGAGUAGCAGACAAUAUAUGGAUCUUUCUUACAACAAUUUCACAGAAUACCCUACUGCACUUGGCUGCCAGUUUGCAACUGUAAAUUUAGUUGCAAGUCAUUCACCUUCAUCUAGCAAUUCGGCCUCGUGGUGUUUGCAACGAGACCUUCCAUGCCCCAGUAGCGCCAACCAUCACACACUAUACAUAAAUUGUGGAGGAGAAAGAGUUAGCUUUGAAGGAAAUGAUUACGAGGAGAACGCAGUUGGUGUAGGCCCUGCACACUUCGCAUCUAAUGAUAGAUGGGGAUAUAGCAGCACGGGGACGUACGCUGCAAAUGACAGUGGCAGAUUUGUUGCAAGAAAUGAUACUCCACUGUCACCUGGGGAUGCACCAUUUUAUGAAACAGCUCGUCUUUCCCCUUCUUCACUAAAAUAUUAUGGAUUUUGCAUGCGCAGUGGUAGCUAUAAAGUGCGUCUUCAUUUUGCUGAGAUAAUGUAUUCUGAUAACUCCAACUUUAGCAGCCUCGGUGAGAGGAUAUUUGAUGUGGCAAUACAAGGGCAAGUGGUUUUGACAGACUUUAAUAUUGCGGAGGAAGCUAAGGGUGUUAGGAAAGGUAUUUUUAGAGAUUUCAAUGUCGAUGUGAAUAGUAGCACAUUGGAGAUCCAUUUAUACUGGACUGGAAAGGGGACAACAGCCAUUCCUGACAGAGGUGUAUAUGGACCCCUGAUAUCUGCAAUUGCAGUGACGCCAAAUUUUAGCGUUAGUACAGGGGGGCUAUCCACUGGAGCUAUUGUUGGGAUCGUUAUAGCUUCAGUCGCUGUCUUUGUGCUGUUGAUUUUACUUGUUCUUUGGUGGAGAGGUUGUUUCGGAGAAAAAGACUAUGGAGAUAGUGAACUUCGAGGGCUUGAUCUAUUAACUGGAAAAUUCACUUUAAGACAAAUGAAAGCUGCGACAAACAACUUUGAUAAUGCUAACAAGAUCGGUGAAGGAGGAUUUGGGUCUGUCUAUAAGGGUACCCUCUCUGAUGGCACCGUAAUUGCGGUUAAGCAGCUCUCAGCUAAGUCAAAACAAGGAAAUCGGGAAUUUGUCACUGAAAUCGGAAUGAUAUCUGCCUUGGAACAUCCCAACCUUGUUAGGCUCUAUGGCUGUUGUAUAGAAUCAAACCAGUUGCUACUGAUCUACGAAUACCUGGAGAACAACUGUCUUGCUCGAGCUCUCUUUGGUAAACCGGAACAAAGAUUGGACAUAAACUGGGCAACAAGAAAGAAGAUAUGCAUAGGAAUUGCAAAGGGGCUUGCAUAUCUCCACGAAGAAUCUAGGCUGAAAAUCGUCCAUAGAGACAUAAAGGCCACUAACGUUCUUCUUGAUAAAGAACUGAACGCCAAGAUAUCGGAUUUUGGUCUGGCGAAACUUGAUGAAGAGGAGGAUACUCAUAUCAGCACGCGUAUUGCUGGAACUGUAGGUUAUAUGGCACCCGAGUACGCGAUGAGGGGCUAUCUCACAGACAAAGCUGACGUUUACAGCUUUGGAAUCGUGCUGCUGGAAACCGUCAGUGGAAAAAGCAACACUAACUAUAGGCCGAAAGAGGAGUUUGUGUACCUUCUUGAUUGGGCAUACGUGCUACACGAGCAAGGGAGUCUUCUGGAGCUCGUGGACCCGGUUCUUGGUUCAGACUACUCGAAGAAGGAGGCACUCCGGAUGCUAAACUUGGCGCUGCUGUGCGCCAACCCCUCCCCGACUCUAAGACCUUCCAUGAGCUCAGCAGUGCGCAUGCUGGAAGGCAAGAUCCCGGUUCAAGCUCCAAUUGUGAAGAAGAGUGGAACCGACGAGGACAUGAGAUUCAAAGCGUUCGAGAUACUGUCACAGGAUAGCCAAAGCCGCGCGACGACACAGUCGGAGGAGAGCAGGGAGCAGAGGGGUGUCUCAAUGGAUGGACCAUGGAUUGAUACCUCCAUUUCCAAAGAGGAAAGUAUGGAUCAUUCUUCAGGAGCUAGGCUUCUUCCAGAUGAUCAAAACAUAUAGUAGUAUAUUUAUACUUGUUUAUACUUUUUUUUAUUUUUAUUUUUAUUUUUCUUGUUUUUUGUGUGUGGAGAGAUUGUACCAUUCGUGUGAGCUUCAUGACAUUCUUCAUAAUAUAUGGUUUCAAGUAUGUAUAGAAAUAUAUAGUCUA